ACUUCCUGCUUCAAGCUCCAGAGAGCCCGCCCCAUUUUUUAGGCAGUUGUGUCAGCUGGUCUGUUGUCAACUGUCCAUAAAGACACCGAGACGUUCCGAGUUAGUAUUACCGACGAGCUGGCGGUCUAAAGAAAUGGGUUAAAUGGUUAAAUGGGCGACAACCUAAGUCUUUGAACGAAUAGCCACGUAGUCGUCGGCCAGCCUCAUGACGGGUCCCUGGGCUAGCUAGCUAGCUAACUAGCUGGCCGGCUAACGUUAGCUAUUUGUUCGCGGUGCAAAGAAGCGUCAUCACGGCUUCGAUGGAGCUCGGCGCAAGGCAGCUGCACCAUCGCACGCCGCCGGGCGUAAAGCAAGAGCAGGAUGACGACUCGGACGCGGAGGAGGCGAGCCUGGGUCUGCGGAGGACCGAGAACGGGCUGGAGUCGCAGAUCAUCCACAGCGGGCACUUCAUGGUGUCGUCGCCGCACAGCGAGCACCCCCCAAAGAAAGGCUACGACUUCGACACUGUCAACAAGCAGACCUGUCAGACUUACCACUUUGGCAAGGCCAGCACGUCCCACAUCUCCAUUGACGCAUCCCUCACCAAGCUCUUUGAGUGCAUGACACUUGCAUACAGCGGCGAGCUGGUGUCCCCCAAAUGGAAAAACUUCAAGGGUCUGAAGCUGCUUUGGAGAGACAAGAUCCGCCUCAACAACGCCAUCUGGAGGGCCUGGUACAUGCAGUAUGUGGAGAGAAGAAAGAAUCCAGUUUGCCACUUUGUGACUCCUCUCCAUGGAAAUGUAGACCUGGAGCAUCGUAGUACAGAGAUGAUCACCACAGAGGGCAAAUGCUGGAGGAGAAGAAUCGAGAUUGUCAUCAGAGAGUAUCACAAGUGGAGGACGUACUUCAAGAAAAGAGUUGAGAUUUCGUUAAAUUUGCAGAAGCACAAGGAUGACGACCUGUCAAGUCUGCUCAAGGGGCCCAAGGAGCAGUUAUCGCUGUUUGGGGAAGUCCCUCCAGCCAUGCACCGUGUCUCCCUUUAUCAGGAUGAAGAGAGCGAAGUGGACCUGGAGAGCCUCUUUGACAUGGAGGUUCUGAUUUCGGAGGUUUCAGACACGUUGUUCAGCACCUUCCACCAGCCCACGGCGUGGCCCAGCCCCAAAGAGCCCACGUAUGCAGGGAAUGCAGACAUGAUCCAACCAAGACUCAACCCCUUACAGCCCAACCUCGACUUUAUGGAGGACUCUUCUGACCCACUACAAGACUUAUUUCACAGCUACCGUCAGCCCGUCUUCCCCUCUGUUUCCCCUACCGCACCGUCAGCCCCCCCUCUGCCCAGCAGCAGCUCUCCGUCCCCGUCCCAGGUCCAGUUAAUGUCAUCCAUGCAGCUCCCAGUCAGCCCCUUGGCGAUCCCCUCCCCCCUGACCUGUCAAACUAGUGGAGACAGUGAUGGCGCCAUUGUGGAAAACUACCUGCCUCUUUAUCCGGGUCAGGUGGUGUUGGGCAAUCACGUCGCAGUCUCCACCCACAGUCCCCUGGUGUCUCAGUGCCUUCCCAUUCAGGACGUGGGGGCGCCACCCCUGGUACCAUCCCCCUCGGAGCCGUUGGAUGUGGCCUUAGCGCCCUCCGUCAUCACGCACUCUUCCUCGGCGGCGGCGGUGGCGGCGGCGGCGGCGGCCGCCAGCUCCACAUGUACCCAGACCCCACCUCCUCCAUCGCGGCUGCUGUCCUUGAAUCAGCUCACUGCCCCCGCCGUGCAGCCCCAGCAGAUGUUCGCCGUCCCUGUGCGGCCACAGCCGACCAGCCCUCACAAAAAACGGCCAUUAAAGAAAAUCGUCCCAGCCAAACCACCUACCCCCCCGCAGCUUUACUUCACAGCCAUGAUCCCAACGAUGAAAGCGGACGUGACCCCGCCUCCAACGGUGAUGAUCGCGGCCUGUGGAAUUCCCGUCGUACCUCAAACACAGAAGUCUUCCCAGCGCAUCGCCCCCUCGGACAACCGAAAGCAGGAAUCGCCAUCCAGUAUCGUCCAGGGUCAGUCUGGGUCAGGUCAAAGUUCACCUUGUUCUUUUGAUCAAGUUCCCAGUCCACAAUCUCUGAUCAGCAGCAGUACAAUACCUCAGAGCCAGAGAAGAGCACACCAAGCCGAGCAAAACAGACGCUUAAUGAACUGUCGCUACAAAACGCUCUGCAGCCUCGUUCCCACCCUCAACUCCAAGUCCCCUACGAAUGCGGUCACAAUCCAGAAGACUGUGGAGCACAUUGAAAAACUCAAGCAGAAGAGGGAGGAGAUGCAGAUGGAAAUUUGGAAGCUGCAGGAGGAGAUUGCCGAUCUCAACGCCUCCAUCAGCCUGUGUCACGACCAACUACCUGAGAGCGGGGCGCUGAUAACGCAGGAAUACUUUGAGCACAUACAGUACAAGUUCAAUGAGUAUGUCAAGCGGCGUACUCUGCAGAACUGGAAGUUCUGGAUUUUCAGCGUCAUCAUCAAGCCUCUCUUCGAGUCCUUCAACAAGAUGGUGUCCACCACGAGCCGAGGCGAGCUUGGCAAGACCACACUGGAGUGGCUGGAGCGACACUGCUCCCUCGUUGCCCUCAGACCCAAAAUCAUGGAGGGGUCUGAAAUUUUCAUCGUAGGUGCAUGUCCACUGUGAGAGAGAUAAACUAAAAAGAAAAAUCCAGAAAUCACAAUGCAUGAUUUUUUUAACAAUUUAUUUGUGUGAUACAGCUGCUAAUAAGUAUUUGAACACCUGAGAAAAUGAAUGUUAAUAUUUGGUACAGUAGCCUUUGUUUGCUAUUACAGAGGUCAAACGUUUCCUGUAGUUUUUCACCAGGUUUGCACACACUGCAGGAGGGAUCUUGGCCCACUCCUCCACACAGAUCUUCUCUAGAUCAGUCAGGUUUCUGGGCUGUCGCUGAGAAACACGGAGUUUGAGCUCCCUCCAAAGAUUUUCGAUUGGGUUCAGGUCUGGAGACUGGCUGGGCCAUGCUAGAACCUUGAUAUGCUUCUUACGGAGCCACUCCUUGGUUUUCCUGGCUGUGUGCUUCGGGUCGUUGUCGUGUUGGAAGACCCAGCCACGACCCAUCUUCAAUGCUCUGACAGAGGGAAGGAGGUUGUUCCCCAAAAUCUCACAAUACACGGCCCCAGUCAUCCUCUCUUUAAUGCAGUGCACUCGUCCUGUCCCAUGUGCAGAAAAACACCCCCAAAGCAUGAUGCUACCACCCCCAUGCUUCACAGUAGGGAUGGUGUUCUUCGGAUUGUACUCUUCAUUCUUCUUCCUCCAAACACGCUUAUUGGAAUUAUGACCAAAAAGUUCUAUUUUGGUCUCAUCUGACCAUAAAACUUUCUCCCAUGACUCCUCUGUAUCAUCCAAAUGGUCAUAUGCAAACUUAAGACGGGCCUUGACAUGUGCUGGUUUAAGCAGGGGAACCUUUCGUGCCAUGCAUGAUUUCACAUCAUGACGUCUUAGUGUAUUACCUACAGUAACCUUGGAAACGGUGGUCCCAGCUCUUUUCAGGUCAUUGACCAAGUCCUGUCGUGUAGUUCUGGGCUGAUUCCUCACCUUUCUUAGAAUCAUUGAGACCCCACGAGGUGAUAUCUUGCAUGGGGCUCCACUCCGAUUGAGAUUGACCGUCAUGUUUAGCUUCUUCCAUUUUCUAAUGAUAGCUCCAACAGUGGACCUUUUUUCACCAAGCUGCUUGGUAAUUGCUCCGUAGCCCUUUCCAGCCUUGUGGAGGUGUACAAUUUUGUCUCUGGUGUCUUUGGACAGCUCUUUGGUCUUCGCCAUGUUACAAGUUAAAGUCUUACUGAUUGUAUGGGGUGGACAGGUGUCUUUAUGCAGCUAACGACCUCAAACAGGUGCAUCUGAUUCAGGAUGAUACAUGGAGUGCAGGUGGACUUCUAAUGGGCAGACUAACAGGUCUUUCAGGGUCAGAAUUCUAGAUGAUACACAGGUGUUCAAAUACUUAUUUGCAGCUGUAUCACACAAAUAAAUUGUUAAAAAAUCAUGCAUUGUGAUUUCUGGAUU